AUGCCCAACGGAAGAGCUGCUUGCCUUCUCCGUCGGCGACGGCCAGGACGCCAACGCGCACGAGGAGAGCUGGGCGCCACCUCGCUGCCGAAGAACGGCGGCGAACUUGCGCUCCUCGAGGUGACGUCCCUUGCCAUCCCGCGCCCCAGCCCCCCCAGGCGCCUCAGGUCCGAGGCGUACUGGGAGCAGAAGGCCGCCGUCGCCGCCAGGUGGCCCGCACGUUCGCCUUGGGAGCUGGGCGUGAGGGCGCGUCGCCCGUGCCUCGACGAAGGUUGGAGCGGUCUGGCCGGCAGCCGCGAAGGGCACCGCUUCGGGCCAGCGGCGCCCGCGACGCCCGCGGCACCGGCGGCGGGGUGCGCCGAGGGCGGCGGCGCGAUCGGCAGCCCCAGGAACCGGGCGGGCGCCAUCUCGAGGGCGUUGCGCCGCGAGGUGCGCGGGCCCCCCGCGCCGCCGGGGUCGCCCUCGGCGGCGCUCGGGGCCGCUCCGAGCUCGCGGGGCUGA